CUCCGAACUCCAUCUUCUCCUACAGCAUCCUCGACAUCGCCAAUACAGGUAGCGGAAUAUCUCAAGAUACUGCGAUCGAAGCGCUACCGCCACCGCCGCCGCCGAUAGACCAGCCGCCUCCGAGCGAUACCGAAGCUACAACUCGCCCAUCAUGGUGAAGCCCGUUGUUUCCGCGAUGAAUGCUUGGACAUGCAUCGUCGUGUCCCUCUUCGCCAUCGUCAUUCUCUCCACAAUCGGAGCGCUGUUCAAAGGACACAGCGGCACCGUAAUGGGAGGACAUGAGGACCCCGAGGACGGUGGCGCAGUUGCUGGCGCGGUUUUCGGUGCGGUCUUCAUAUACAUUGGCUUCUUUGUCUUCUGCGGACUGCAAGCCUUCCUUCACAUGCGCGAAAGCCGCCGCGGUGCGAUAAGCCUGUCAUGAGCCCCAACAGCGUGCGAAACAUGACCGAGGGAUAACGCAAGAUGAGAGACCAUCAAAAAUCUUUGGAGGCGACGACAAAGCAUCGGAACAUGCAUGCGUCGUUGCGCCAGUGGAGGAAAGGCAAAGAGCACUUGUACAUUGUAAUAUGACACACGGCGUUUAGCAGGCACAGGCGGG